AAUUAAUAAUCCCUUUAGUAUUUACCGUCGCAUCAUCAUCGUCCUCGUUCUCGUCGUCCACCUUUUAAAAACCCUCUCAAAGGCCUCCCUUCUCUUUUAAAAUAAAUCAUCUCUCUGUGUAAAUCUGAUUCAAUGGGUUUUAGCAAAGAAGAGAUUAGUAAAAGCAGAAAGCUUUCGUCAUCUCUAUGGAGAGGAAUCAAAUCUGUAUUCGUUUUAUUCACAAUGUUCCUCUCUUUUCUCCUCGUCUCUGCUCCGAUCUUUCUCGCCGUCGCCGAUGCUCUCCUCCCUUCCGCUCUCCUCCACCGUCUCUCUUCGCCGACUAAUCUCUCUUCUCAUCUCACCAACUACGAUUUCCGUCACUCCGUCAUCGAUAUACCCUUAAUCUCAAUCAUUAGAUCCGCCGUUAUACUCUGUCUUUAUGGACUAUGUGACGGACCAAAACUCUCUAGAGGACCGUAUCUGACAAUAACAAUGAUAUGCUCAGUCUCGUCUCUAAUCUACGUUUCGUUAAAAGCGGCGUUUAUGUUCGGUGAGCCACAGAUCGGAGACGGCGGAGGAAGCUACUUCAGAGCGGCGGAAGUAGCUCUGUUCCUCUGCUCCUCUGUUUUAGCAAUAGGUCACAUCGUUGUAGCGUAUCGAACAAGUUGUAGAGAAAGAAAAAAGCUUCUCGUCUUCAAAAUCGACAUUGAAGCUGUAAGUUCACUCCUUCUUCUUCUUCCCUUGUUAAUUCCGCCGUUACAGAAAUUUUAUUAUUUACUAAUUUUAAUUCGAUUUUGAUUGAUUCAUUACAUUAAAAGAUAGGGCCAACGACAAUAAUACCAAGUUGCAUUAUUAUUUUUUUUUUUCAAAUCUAGGACGAAUAUUAUUAGAUUUUAGAUUUUUUUUUUUUUUUACCCUGCACACUAAGAUAUCGUAAUCAGACUCGGUCAGAGAUGGCAUGUGAAUGUAAUUGUCAAUGUUAAAUAUUUUACAUAUUGUCAUAUUUGGUCCUUUGGGAUUCUAGAAACUCGAUGAGAUGUGUCUUUCCAACUUGUUUGGUUAGGAAAAGACUCUAUUUUGGGUGAAAGUAGCAACGGAAAACAAAUUGAAGUUGAGUUUAAAGACUUUUCUUAUAUAGUUUUAUAGGUUAGAAUCUCAUGUGGAAACCGUGUGUAACCUAAUUUUCUUCGUCUUUUUUUUUUAUAAUAAUAACAACAUAUUUAAUUAUAAAAAUCCGACAGAACACGUCACGCCUCACGCAUGCUUCAUGAUUUUGUUCUCAUCGAGACAAAUCUAUCAUCCUCUUUUUUAGUUUAUAGUUAUUGAUAAUUUAAUAUUAUCCAAUGGGGAAACUAAUAGGGUUUAUGUGUGUUUUG